GCCGGCGGGGCGGUGCUGCCGGCGCGGCCCUCCCCCGACCCGCCGAGGCCGGCCCCGGCUGUCGCGCACCGCCGGCAGCGCCGCUGAGCAGGAGCGGCCCGAGCCAGGAAUGGGGCUCAGCACAGUGAAGCUUUGGAGGCCCUCACCAAGGGAGCAGCCUGCCCAGGGAAGACAGCAAGGGACUGUGGUCUGACCCGUGCAGCCGGCAGGGCGAUGAAGCUGAAUGAGCGGAGCGUGGCCCACUACGCUACCUGCGACUCACCCACUGACCAUGCCGGCUUCCUCCGCAAGCGCGUGGAGCGGCACCACCACCAUGCCCAUCACCACCAUGCCACCUCCUACCAGCGCCGCUGGUUUGUCCUCAAGGGCAACCUCCUUUUCUACUUCGAGGAGCGGGAGAGCCGGGAGCCCGUGGGGCUGGUCGUGCUGGAGGGCUGCACCGUGGAGCUGUGUGAGGCUGCCGAGGAGUUCGCCUUCGCCAUCCGCUUUGAUGAUGCUGGUGCCAGGGCUUAUGUGCUGGUGGCCGAUGGGCAGGCUGCCAUGGAGGCCUGGGUGAAGGCUCUGUCGCGGGCCAGCUUCGACUACAUGCGGCUGGUGGUGAGGGAGCUGGAGAAACAACUGGAGGAGGCCUGCAAGAGCUUGGCUGCUUGCCGCCAGUCCCCACGGAGGUCCUCCUCCUCCAGCAGGAAGAGGCACCUUUCCAACCCUGCCUUGCUGCCUCUCCAGGAGAAGCCUGCCGUCCUGGAGAACGGUUACUCCACGUGGGGUAGUGGUGGUGCUGUCCCGGGGGGUACCACCUCCCCUGACCGUGAUGGGGGGCAAGCGAAGCCCCCACCCCUGCCUCCACGCCGGCGCUCAGCUGCCGGCAGUGCUGCAGGGUCCCCAGCGCCCGGCCUCUCGCCAGGCAUGACCGAGAGCCCGGUGUCCCCGGAGACAGCCUGUUUCUCCAAGCUGCACGGCUGGUACGGGCAGGAGAUCGCAGUGCUGAGGCGGGAAUGGCAGGAGAGGCAGAAGAGGGGUCACCCAUGACCGGGGACACAGGGUGCGAGCUGCCAGCCAGCCAGUGCACAGCAAGCUGUCUCCCAUGCGGCAAGAGGAAAACGAAGGGACACUGCUUGGCCCCUGCCCUGGUUGGUGGCUGAGUGUGCAGUGUGUGUGUGCUUCAUGGGGCAGGUGGGAGGGACACGAAUCUUCUGCAGACCUCACAUUUCAUUUCCCUGAAGCUUUAUACAGCUGGAGAGUGUGUAAUACCAGCGGAGCUGCCUUUGAAUGCUCCUCUGCUGGUGGUACGAGGUGUGGAGGGGGCCCAAAUCAGCACAUACGCAACAAACCUCACCCAGUGGGCUUUGUCCCUUGCUGCCCUGGUGUGGUUGAUGCUAUGGGUGCUUCCUCUCCUGCCUUUGCUUCACACUAUUGUUUGGUUUUAUUUCUCAGCAUGGGAGUUUGCACAGGUCAGCAUUUAUUAUUGUCUGUCGUCUUCCGCCAAACUUCUGCCUUUGCUCUUUCAUGGCAGAUAAGGCUGGGCUCUUAUGAAAUGCCUCCAAAGGGGCACUGGCCCUAGUGGAUGCUUCCAGCCUUGUGCCUCUCCCCACAGGACACUGUGAGAUGCUGCGGCUGUGGCUGGCCCAGCAGCUGCAGCAGUGAGGACUGGGCUCUUGUGUCAUGCUGGUCUUUUUUUUACCUUCAUAUGUACUAACCCUUCUCCCUGCUAAAUCCUUCAGGAUGUGGAUUUCAUGGGCUUGCAUCUGUCUUUUUGGGUGCCCGAGAUCAGCAGCAAGGCUGAAAUGGAGACACCGAGCCUGGUCCAAAGGAACAGCAAGGACCAGAAGCUCCCAGGGCUGAUGUGGACUCUGUUGAGUGGUAGCCAAGCCUGUUAAUAUCUCUAUCACAAGCCUUCCUUGUUCUAAAACAGGGAGGCUAAAGCCUCUUUGCCUGGGCAGGGAUGAAUUUCUCUGCUCCUGCUAAGUGCCAUGUAGGGCUCAUCCGGCUCACUGGGCAGCGUGCCCCAGGCACUGCCCACAGCCACAUUCUUGCAGGGCCUCUUGCGCUGUUGUGGCUCCUCCCAGCUCUGGGCAGAGCUGUUCAGUUGGAGGAGUGGGGAGGAGGAGAGGGCUGCUCCCACAGGUGGGGGUGUGGGAGUGAUUUACAGGUAGCAUUGACUGCGUGUCAGCAGUGUCUGGGCUUGCCUCUCCAGUGUGAAAGCUGUAUCACUGCCUUCUACCAAAGCCAGCACCCAACCUGCCAGUGCUCCCCUCUGAUUUCAUAUCAGCAUCACUCAGCUGAUAUCCGUAGCAUGUCCCAUCCUCCCAGAAUGUGAGGAGUGCAGCAGGGAGGCAUGCCUGUCACCUUGCUGCAGAAACACUUGCCCUUCAGUAGGUCAGAAUCCUUGGCCAUGAAGCAGAUGGUAUAAGUAGGUAGGUGCUGUGUCCAGGGGCUCUAACACCCUGGAGACGGGGUUUAUAAAUCCCCUCCCUGGCAAGGGCUGUUUCUCAGAACAGAAAAAAAUAUACAAAACAAUCUUGUGCUUCUUAUCUACCAGUGUUAAACCUGGUUUUAUUGCUCUGUUUUAUUAAGGAGCCUUGCUAGGAAACCAAGAGGCUGUUUCAGGUCAUGAUGGGUAGGAACCUAUUUGUUUUUCCAGAGUUAUAUGCACUCAGCUUAAUACUUUGCAAUAGCCAGUAGAGAGUGCCAAUGCAGAAAUCAAAAGACUUCCAUUAACUCUUGGUGCCUUUGACAACAUACCUCUGAUAGUUUUGGAUGAUGAGCUUCCAGCCUCCUGCCUUAUUGUAGCUCAGUGGUAUAUUGGAGGAGAUAAAUCUUUAAUCAGAUCUUUCAGAUGCAAUUCCGGGCAGCGGGUGUGUUACCUUCACAUGCGAGUGAUGCAAUCCAGUCCUCUCCAGUUUGUGCCUGGUUUUUUUCACAGUAAGGAUGUUUGAGUUCGGGAGGAUUCUUUUUAUUCUGCUUUUUAAGCAAGAACAGUUCAGUAAAACUGGGAGCAGAUGACCACAGGCCAGUGCCCAGGCUCUUUCCGCAGCCCAACUGGCUGGACUUAGGGGCCAGCUCUACACGCUCUCCUGCCUGCUGCUUGAAUCAUUCAGUGCUGCAGCAUUUCCAGCUGGGAACCUGUACCCCUCCCCAUGUUGUGGCAGCAGCAUCAAGGGAUGGCGCUGCUUGGUGCCUCCUCACUCUCAGUGUGGGUAUUUUGGGACCAGCAUCGGAUUUAGCAAGCACUUUUCAGUGGUUAUUUUUUCUCUGCCAUGUAAUACAGAGGGAAGAAUAUUCCUGAUGCCUCAGACUUACAUAAGGCAGUUUGACGGUAAAGAUUUAACUUCCAAAAUAAAUCAAAAUGUGAUGGCAGCUCCUACAUGAGACCCAAGAAUCAUGAGCGCUUUGAAAGGGAAAAUAAAUUAACAAAGCCAGUUCUGUCAAAACUGGA